AUGCCCCUCAGGAACGAUGCCAUUCUCCUCGUGAAGGAGCCCCAUCCCCCUCCGCAGGCCCCGCUUCCCUGGAUCCUCCCGAGCCUGUUUGCGGCCUUCAAUGUGGUGCUGCUGCUGGUUUUCAGUGGCCUCUUCUUUGCAUUCCCUUGCAGGUGGCUGGCCCAGAACGGGGAGUGGGCCUUUCCCAUCAUCACGGGGCCCCUCUUUGUCCUCACCUUCUUCAGUCUCCUUUCACUCAACUUCUCAGACCCUGGCAUCUUACAUCAAGGAUCCAACGAACAGGGUCCCCGGGCAGUGCAUGUGAUCUGGGUGAACCACCAGGCCUUCCGCCUGCAGUGGUGCCGGCAGUGCUGCUUCCACCGCCCACCCCGGACCUACCACUGCCGCUUGUGCAACAUCUGCGUGGAGGAUUUUGACCAUCACUGCAAGUGGGUCAAUAACUGCAUCGGUCACCGCAACUUCCGCUGCUUUAUGCUGCUCGUGGUGUCCCUGUGCCUCUACUCGGGCGCCGUGCUGGCCACCUGCCUGAUCUUCUUGCUGCGUCUGACCCAAGAGACCCCUUACAUAGACAAGGUCACCGCCAUCGUGGUGGCUGUACCCGCCGCCUGCUUCCUGGUGCCGCUCUGCCUGCUGCUGCUGGUCCAGGCCCUGUCGGUGAGCGCGGCCGAGCGCUCCUGCGAGGGCAAGUGCCGAUACCUGUGGGGAUACAACCCCUUUGACCAGGGCUGCGCCAGCAACUGGUAUUUAGCAAUUUGUGCACCACUGGGACCCAAGUACAUGGCCAAAGCUGUCUGGCUGCAGAGGGUGGUGGAGCCGGACUGGGUGCUCAUGCAGAACCUGCAUUGCCCAAUGUGCCCCUCUGCACUCAACCCCUCAGUCGUCCCUGGGCCUGCGUCUGCCCACCAGCCCCAACCUCUGGCUCCCCACAGACCAGGAAAUGCUCCCCCAGGGAGUGGGGAGGCGGCAGCCCUCCAGGAGCUCCACGCAGGCCCAGUGCUGCCCCUGCCACAGGAGGCCCCCAGAUGAGGCUUGCCCCUUCACACCCAGCGAUGCCCGGAGUCCCUGCCCCCGAACCUCACCUCCUGAGCCCGCCCUUGGUGGGAAUUCCAAGACCAUCCCCCUUCCCCCACCA